AUGGAAAAUCAAGUGGGCACUGUCACUGAGGCCAUAGAGGCUGUGAAACAGGCAAAGGAUGCUCAUUGGGGUGUGAUGGUGUCGUAUAGGUAUGGGGACAUGGAUGAUUCUUUCAUCGCCGACCUGAUUGUCGGUGCAACAGUUGGACAGAUCAAAGCUGGUGCCCCCUGCUGUGGAGAGUGCCUCAUGAAAUACAAUCAAGUUGUUAUUGUGCUGAGGAUGCUAUGGGAAAACAGGGACAUGUUUGAUCUUGUUAUCAGUGAUGUGCACAUGCCAGGCAUGGAUGGCUUUAAGCUUCUUGAGCUUGAUAUGGACCUCCCUGUCAUCAGAGUAAUGGAAUGUUAA